AACAGCAAUGCUUUGAUCACUUCUGGGGGAUUCCAAUUGUGUCGGCGUACCAAGUAGCUGCAACGAUCAGGCAACAUAGGGUUGAAGAUGGGUUUAGAGGACCAUGAGCUUGCUCGUCCGGAUGCAGUUUCUCCCACUCUUCGAUGCCCUAUUUGCACUGAUGUGUUUGCAGAGCCUGUUUCCUGCAGUUCUUGUCAGCAGGUUUUUUGCCGCAGUUGCAUUGAGCGUGCUGUUCUCACCUGCGAGCCAGUAUGUCCCACAUGCAGAGCACCCAUGACCAAAGACUUGCAGCCAAAUCUGGUUGUGAGCUCUUUGCUCAAUGAGCUGCAAGUCCGCUGCGUUCAUCCCGGCUGCUACUGGACUGGACGUUGGGACGAGCGACCUCUUCAUAGUUCCCACUGCUUGGCUCGAGAACUGCUCUUGAUGCAGGAGUGGAAGGCCGAAAUGGAGCACGUCCGGUCGAUGCUCAUCGAGAGAGAAAAGGAGAAGGGAGCAAUGCAUCAGCGGAUCAAGGAGCUGACAGAUCACACAAGUCGGCUUGAGGAAGAGGCCAAGGUGAAGCAGCUGCAAGUCAAUGUGAAGCAGAGCAUGCUAGACUUUAAGCAGCAAGAAGUGGAGGAUUUGCGACGACAACUGGGGCAGGUGAUCAAGCAGCAGCAUGCCAGCCACUUUCAUUUGCACUCGCUGUUCCCACUGCUCUUCUUGCUGCUUUUCGUGAUCCACUUGUUCUUCUUCUAUGAUACUUUGCCUCGCGUAUCUCGGGUGCUUGGGAUUCAAGAGUGCCUCUUCGCCACAUGAAUCUGCAGCCCUCUUCCAGCAGUUCCGGAGUGAGGGAUGAAUGAAGAAUGAUGGCAAAGGCUCAAGGGUCAAGGUUCCAACUGGUUUAGAGCAGCCCUGGGUUGCAAAGAACGACCAGGUAACUGUGGGUGGAACUCAUGCGCUUCCACAUAGUUUGCGUGUAGUCUCAUCUUCCAAGGAGCUGUUGAGAUAAGCUGUGCUUGGGGUGGAAGUGCGCAUAGUUCGCAAACUUUGAUGCGGGUGGCACCUAGGACAUAGGAUCGCUGCUGUUGGCUAGUUUGCUUCAUUGGGGUUUGCCAAGCUAUCGCCAGCAAGUUCUCGGGGCGCGUGCUGCACGACGACGCAGUGUAAAAGUUGCCCCUUGCAACACAUCAACCUAGAUUCCAACCUCUAGCGUUCAAGAU